AUGAACUUGAUUUCACUCAAAAGCAUUCCUCUGAAAAUGUUGAAGAAGAUGAUGAUGAAAAAGACGAAGGAAGAGGAGGAAGAAGAAGAACAAGAAGAAGAAGAAGAAGAAGAAGAAGAAGAGGUGGAAGAAGUAGAGUAUCUGGUGUUCAAUUUAUCUUCAAUUCGAACAGAAAUCGAAUGCCCUAUCUGUCUUGGCAUCAUUCGAAACACAAGCACUGUAAUGGAAUGCUUGCAUCGCUUUUGCAGAGAGUGCAUACACAAGAGCAUUCGACUUGGUAACAAAGAAUGUCCUACUUGUCGUGUACAUUGUCCUAGCAAAAGGUCACUGAGAGAUGAUCCAUCCUAUGAUGCUUUGAUUCAAGUUUUGUGUCCUGAUAUUGACAAGUUUGAGAAAGAGGAAUUGGCUUCGAUUGAAGAAGAAUUGGAUCUGCCUAAUAAGAAGGUGUCUUAA